UCUUUCUCUCUAUAGUCUCCGUCUCACUAACUAGUUCUGCUACUCCGACCCCUUCUUCCGACUCUAUAUUUAUCCACCGGCUGCCGGCCGGUAUCGUCGCUUGCCACUAUAGCUAGAUUGCUUGAGUAAUGACCCACAGCUAAGAACAAAAGUUGCCCUUUUGUCUCCAAACCAAGAGAGAGCUAGUAGCAGCAGCUUAGCCCAAUAAGCAGGAAGGAUCAAGAACAAUUAUAUCCCAAAACAAGACCAUCAAAGCUAGCUACACAACAAGAGACAUUAAUGGCGAGUGGUGAAGCCAUGUCCAGCCCUUUCGCUCCUCUCACCAACCAGCAGCUGCAUCAGCAGCAGACGUCGUCUCAGGAUCAAGAACACCCUCCCCCUCCUCCCGCCAAGAAGAAGCGCAACCUCCCCGGCACUCCAGACCCAGAGGCGGAGGUGAUCGCGCUGUCGCCGAGGACGCUGAUGGCGACGAACCGGUUCGUGUGCGAGAUCUGCGGCAAGGGGUUCCAGCGGGACCAGAACCUGCAGCUGCACCGGCGCGGGCACAACCUUCCCUGGAAGCUGCGGCAGAGGGGAAAAGACCAGCCGAGGAAGCGGGUGUACGUGUGCCCGGAAAAGGGGUGCGUGCACCACAACCCGUCCAGAGCGCUGGGCGACCUGACGGGGAUCAAGAAGCACUUCUGCCGCAAGCACGGCGAGAAGAAGUGGAAGUGCGACAAGUGCGCCAAGAAGUACGCCGUGCAGUCCGACUGGAAGGCGCACGCCAAGACCUGCGGGACGAGGGAGUACCGCUGCGACUGCGGCACGCUCUUCUCCCGCAGGGACAGCUUCAUCACCCACCGCGCCUUCUGCGACGCGCUCGCCGAGGAGACCGCCCGGCUGCAGCAGACCGCCGCCGCGUCCGGCAACGCGCCGGCGAUAUGCGGCGGGGGUGGGCCGAGCUACCUGUUCGGCGGAUCGGCGGCCGGGCCGCUGAAUGUCAGGCCCAACAUGAUGCUUGUCCCCCCGGCGCCGGGGCAGAUGCCAGGGCACGGCGCGCUCUCGCUGUGGGGAAGCAGCGCGCUGCCGUCCUCCUUGGGCUUGGGCCAAAACAUUGCUGCUGGCGCACCGAUGGCAAUGCCGAUGCCAGUGCCGUCGCAGCAGAUGUACGCGGAUGUCUUCGCGCCGAGCUCCGGGGGCGCGCAGUUCGACAUGGCGCAGCUCAACUGGCUGUACGGGAAUGGCGGAGGCAAGCAGCUCUCGUCGUCGAACGCCAGCGAGCUGACGACGACCAACUCGUCUAGAGAAGCGGACAGUGCGCCGGCGCCGUCCGUGUUCAGCGGCCAGCAUCACGCCAAGCCCGCCACGGCGCCUACGGACAUGUCCGCGACGGCGCUGCUGCAGAAGGCGGCCCAGAUCGGCGCCGUCACGUCGAACACUUCGAUGCCGCUCGUUGAAGGAUUAUUUGAGCCGGUCAAGUCCACGCGGGCGCCGGUGGAGGAGACAACUCUGUUCGGCGCAAGUCACCACAGUGCUAAUAACGGCUCCAGCGCAAUGAGCGAGCUGACGGCGGCCAACACCGGGUAUGACGUUUUCGGGGCGGCGCGCCAUGGCGGCGGCCUGAAGGACGCCGUCGGGAGGGAGGAGACUAGGGACUUCUUGGGCGUCGGCAUGCAAGCACUCUGCUCGUCGUCGAUACAUGGGUGGAUCUGAGCCUGCAGGAUGUUGAUCAUGUAUUCAUGUAGCCCUGGAGAGAUCGAUGAUGACUACACUAGUGUUCAUCUCCGAAGCUGUGUAGGCAUGUGAGCCCUACAAUGGCAAGAAGCCAAGAACCAUGCAUGCAUGCAACUUCAGAAAGAACCAGAAGAAGGCAUGCAUUGAUUUGAUUUCAAUUAGUUUACUCAACCGUCAUUUCUUGUCUUGGUAGCAUAUACAUGGCCUUUGUUACUUAGUUACACUUGAUGGAAUUUGAGCCAUGAAAAGCUGGGAGUAACUAGUGGAGCUUAAUCUUAUUUGAUGCCAAGCCAGUAGAUGUAAGAAAAAGAACUGAAGCAAUGCAAAAAAGGGAAAAAAAAAGGUGGCAAGAGAUCCA